AUGGCCCUUUACGGGGCCCCGGUGUGGGCGCGCGUCGCCGCACAACAGAAGAGUCCUCCUGCAGAUGGGGCGGCGCGCGGCACAGAGGAUCGCGCGCUGCUACCGUACCGUAUCCGCCAUGGCGGCGCAUAUCCUCGCGGGGGUCCCACCACUGGAUCUCCUGGCGGAGAUGUACUACAAAUUGUACCGACGUACAAAGGAGAUCCGCCGGGGGGUACCCAGGGGGCCUCCGAGGAAUUGGACCGCGAAGUCGAGGUGGCCAGGUCCCAAGCCUGGCGGUCUCUAAUGGCGCAGUGGCAACGCCAACUGGCCGAUUACGGCCACUUGGAGAUCGUCAGGGCCGUCCAACCCGUCUUCGAUAGAUGGAUGGACGGCAGCCGUGGUCUCACUUACGAGAUGUCACAGAUACUCUCCGGGCAUGGUUGCUUCAGAGAGUAUCUGUUCCGGAUCGGGUCGCGAGUCCGCACCAACGUGUCGCGCGUGCAACUCCGCGCCGGACUCCGUCGCUCAUACACUGCAAGAGUGCCCCGCCUGGGCGGAGGAGCGACGCGAGCUCCGGGCGGAGUUGCGGGUAGGAUACCUCACGAUACCGGCUAUCGUUGA